UAAAUUUCGAUCGCUACGUUUGAUUACCUCGUUAGGAAUCUUCUAGAGUUUAAUAAAUAUACUUGGAAUCAGUUCGUUCUACAAACUCACUAUGCUAAAGUACGCUACCUAUAUUUUAUUCGCCUUUGUUUCAAGCGGUCUUUACAAAGCCCUUGCUGAAAUGAGGACCCAUAGGUGUCCCGAAAAGAGGGAAGAAGUGUGUCUAGUGGAACUAUCACCAGUGCUUGAGCACGAAGCCGGCCGGCAGAGGCAUGAAAAAGACGCUGGACUUGUUAUAUUUAAUGAAACGCAAGGAGUUCUGGACAGAAUUUUAGGCCAUCAACAAGUCAUCGAAAAGCAAUUGAAGGCUGUACAUUACAAGGUGGAAAGCCAAAUAAAAAAGCUUCUGGCUUUAAUGGAACAAAAAGUUAAUAUAGUAUCCCAACAGAUAUCCUUGCAGGUAGCAAUCAAUGCCCUUUACUGUUCCCUUGAGGUAAAGAGUGUUUCGAAAUAUGGCACAAUCCAUUCUCAAUUUGAGAAGUUGGGCUCGAGGUACUUUUAUAUCGAGACGAAUGUCAGAAUGGAUUGGUUCAGUGCGGCGAGUACAUGUCGUGGGAUGGGAGGUCAUCUGGCGACACCCAAAGACGAGGAUGAACUGCACCUACUCCGUCAUAAGCUCGAUUCCAAGUGGUAUUGGCUGGACAUCAGUGAUCUUGCUAAAAAGGACGAGUACAUUUCUUUGGUCUCCGGUGAUAUAGCACCUUUUUAUACCCGUUACUCGUAGAGUAAAAG